AUGAAAUAAUAAGUAAUAAAUUAAUUAAUAAUAAAAGCAAAAACUGAAAAAAAAAUGAGCUAAAUUAACAAAGAAAGAAAAAAAAACGCAAGCAGAAUAAUAAAAAUAAAAAUAAAUUAAAUAAAAGUUUAUAAAGAAAUAAAUAAAUUAAAAGAGCUAAUUAUAUCGUAUAAAAUCUAUUUUUUAUAAAAGAAUAUCAUAAUCCAAAACAAAUAAACUGUUUAUACUCAAGAUCAAGUGUCAAAUAAGAAAGAUUAGGGCACUUUACUAAACCAGAGCCUAAGCCUGAUGCACCCUCUGCACCAAUUUAAUUAUACCUGA